GUUAAAUGUCAAAAUAUCAAUUUCAAAUAAAAUAAAUAAUAAAAUAAAUAAACAUAUUCAAGUUUUCAGUUUCUAGCACUAAGGAAUAAUUUUGAUAUUUAUUGAAAAAUUAAUACUCCUCUUAUUAAAAGGUCGGUCAAGAUUCCUUCAAUACAAAAUAUCUCAAGGCAAAAUGGGUAGUAUUGAUAUAAAAAAAUUAGUAGAAGAUAUUCAAAGGCUCAGGGAAGAAUCUGAUAUAGCGAAUGAAGAAUACUCAAAAAAAGAAGACACAUAUACAAUAUUGAACUCCAAUAUACAAUUGAUAGCAACCGACUGUGAAGAACAAGAAAUCGGAUUUGUACACAACUCGUGUUACCUUUGUAAUGGAUAUUACGGAUCAUCAUUUGGUGAACAUUUAUGCACAACAUGCCAUUUAUUUUUAUAUCCCAUGUUUGAAACUCCCGAUAGUCCUACAUUUAUUCCAGAGGAAAAUAGUGACAGUGAUUCAGGCAAUGAUGAACCUAUUGAAGCCUCCUUUAGACUGAACGGCAAUGAGAAUUCUGAAGAAUCCUUCCAGCGCAAUCAAGCCGCUUCAUCAUCUGAUGUUGUGGUACCAGAGUUAUCUAUCAGACGUCGUAUCGUGAUCAGGCCAUAUAUAUGCAUGGUUGUAGAGCAUUUCAGUCCCUACCCUGAGAGAAGACCUAGGGGUCAUAUACUCGAUUAUUCUCUGCUUCCCGACUUCAAGGAUUUCAAGUUUGAGGGCUUGUCUCCUGAAAUUUUUAUGUACACCUUACAAUAUCUGGAUACAAUAUCUUUGUGGAGUGUUAGUCAAGUAAGUCAAAGAUGGCGCUCAAUCGUCGAUUUAUAUAUUAAGGCAGUUGAAUGGAGGAACUUAUUACAAGAUGUAUGGCCUCUACUGAAAAUUAGGGGAGAACCAAAUCAAGACUGGUAUAAGUAUUUCACAGCCAUGAUGAAUAGUGCUUGCUGUUUCAAUUGUGUGUAUCAGAUGACGGCAAGAACGCUGCCUCCAAAUUGGGACAACAGUUCCUGGAGGGCGCAUAGGUUAAUGACCGAACUGAGAGUUAUGAAGAGCGACCCUCUAGAUGGCAUUCAAGCGGAACCGUUAGAUGAUUGCGCGUGUCACUGGCAGGCUACUUUAGAGGGUCCCGCCGGGAGCCCUUAUGAAGGGGGCCUAUUUUUCCUUUUCAUCAAAGUGCCAGAAUCUUAUCCUCUGACGCCCCCUAUUGUUCGUUUCAUAACGAAAAUAUUCCAUCCCAACGUUUCUCGCCAUGGUGAUAUUGGUAUCGAUUCAAUUCAUCAGAACUGGUCGUUGGCUUUGACCAUGAGCAAGUUAUUGAUCUCCAUUCAGUCCCUUCUGACUGAUCCCUUUUGUGAUGUUUGUAUGGAACCUGAUAUAUGUGAUUUAUAUAUAAACAACAGAAAAGCUUUUGAUAAACAAGCAAGAAAAUGGACGGCCAAAUAUGCAAUGAAUGAUUUGAUGGCGUACAAGAUCAAUCGAGAUGAUAGGAAUGAAUAAUUAUUGUUUUGUUAUAGAAAAUGAGUUGUUAUAAUAAUAUUGUUUGAAUUAAUUCUUAUAUAAAUUGAUGAAUUCACAA